GAAGAUAAUCUCUAAAGUAUUACACUUGAGAGAGACCUUUAGCUGCUGACCGACUGAGACGCCAGCAGAGUGAGCUUCUAGCAGGACCACUAGGGACACCUGUAGUGAUAAAGUGGUGAGACUAAGGUUGGAAUAUCAUGUGUGUAUCUCGGCUGGUUUUGCUGCUCGGGCUGCUUCUCUGUGUUGGAGCUCAGCUGUCUGACGCCCAGCACUGGUCCCAUGGUUGGUACCCUGGAGGCAAGAGGGAGGUGGACUCUUUCGGCCCGUCGGAGAUUUCAGAGGAGAUUAAGUUGUGUGAGGUGGGAGAAUGCAGCUACUUGAGACCCCAGAGGAGGAAUAUUCUGAGAAACAUCAUUUUGGAUGCCUUAGCCAGAGAGCUUCAGAAAAGAAAGUGAUGGCUUUUUACACUACACUGCUUUCCUAGAGAGUGAAAAACACUUUACGUUGAUUCUAUGAUGUUGUGUCAUUGUUAAAUGUGUCAGUGAAUUGGGUUUUCCCCGUGGUUACAGAUGUUGGAUUUGCAAUGUCCUAAAAUAAAAUUUUGAUAUGAACUUCUUCUGUAUGUGCAUAUGAGUGUGCGCGUGCGUGCGUGAGAGAAAGAAAGACAUUCUAUAGUAAAUGUUAAGGGAAAAGUUGGGAACCUGGAUGGGAAAAGCAGCAAAAAAUAGUAAUGUAUGAACUCCAUUUAGAUGUUUUGUCUGGCAUUGUGCAUGAUGGCUCUUGGUUUAUUAUGACAGUCGAAUAAAACAUUUGAACCAUG